CCGAGUUUUUCAAGAAAUAACUUCACCAAGAUGUCCAGUGAUAGGCAAAGGUCUGAUGAUGAGAGUCCCAGCACCAGCAGUGGUAGUUCAGAUGUGGACCAGCGAGACCCAGCGGCUCCAGAGCCUGAAGAACAAGAAGAAAGAAAACCUUCUGCCACCCAGCAGAAGAAAAACACCAAACUCUCUAGCAAAACCACUGCUAAGUUAUCCACUAGUGCUAAAAGAAUUCAGAAGGAGCUAGCCGAAAUAACCCUUGAUCCUCCUCCUAACUGCAGUGCUGGGCCUAAAGGAGAUAACAUUUAUGAAUGGAGAUCAACUAUACUUGGUCCACCAGGUUCUGUAUAUGAAGGUGGUGUGUUUUUUCUGGAUAUCACAUUUUCAUCAAAUUAUCCGUUUAAGCCACCAAAGGUUACUUUUCGCACCAGAAUCUAUCACUGCAACAUCAACAGUCAGGGAGUCAUCUGUCUGGACAUUCUUAAAGACAACUGGAGUCCCGCUUUGACUAUCUCAAAGGUUUUGCUGUCUAUUUGUUCCCUCUUGACAGACUGCAACCCUGCGGAUCCUCUGGUUGGAAGCAUAGCCACUCAGUAUUUGACCAACAGAGCAGAACAUGACAGGAUAGCCAGACAGUGGACCAAGAGAUACGCAACAUAAUUCACAUAAUUUCUACACAGUGUGGAGGAGCAGAAGGCAUCUUCUUACUGUGCUGCAAAUCUUUAUAGCCUUUACAAUACGGACUUCUGUGUAUAUGUUAUACUGAUUCUACUCUCUGAUUUUAUCCUUUGGAGACUGGGAGACUCCCCAAAAAGGUAAAUGUUAUCAAGAGUAGAACUUUGUAGCUGUAGAUUAGUUACGUUUAAAACGCCUACUUGCAAGUCUUGCUUCUUUGGGAUAUCAAAAUGUAUUUUGUGAUGUACUAAGGAUACUGGUCCUGAAGUCUACCAAAUACUAUAGUGCAUUUUAGCCUAAUUCAUUAUCUGUAUGAAGUUAUAAAAGUAGCUGUAGAUGACUAGGAAUUAUGUCAUUUGUAUUAAACCCAGAUCUACUUCUGAGUAUGUGGUACAUGCUGUUGUGAAAAAUGUUUUACCUUUGCCUUUGUCAGUUUGUAAUGAGAGGAUUUCCUUUUACCCUUUGUAGCUCAGAGAGCACCUGAUGUAUCAUCUCAAACACAAUAAACAUGCUCCUGAAAAA